UCUCCACUGCGACCAUAUCUUCCUUAUCCAUUUCUCAUGAAAUCUUUUAUUUCUCUCUGAGAAACAAAGAAGAACAAAAUGAUGUCAUCAAUGGCACUCCACUCAUCUCUCUCAUCUGCUUCCCUCUGCUCUUCUUUCAUCUCUCAACAUCCAAAACUCUCCAUCACUUCUCCUCCAUCGUUCCAUAACAAAACAACCAAACCCAUCUCUCUUAACCGGAGAAUCGUGGCUCUUGCAGCUCCAGAGACGCUCACUGCUGAACCAGCCUCCGAAAUUGAUGUCUCCGACACUCCAGAACCAAAACAGGUGGUGAAUCCACAAGAGGAUAAGGCAAGAGUGGUUCUCAAGUUUGUGUGGAUGGAGAAGAACAUAGGAUUAGGAUUGGACCAGCAUGUCCCUGGACAUGGAACAAUCCCACUUAGCCCUUAUUUCUUCUGGCCAAGAAAAGAUGCUUGGGAAGAGCUUAAGUCUACUCUUGAAGCUAAGCCAUGGAUCUCUCAGAAGAAGAUGAUCAUUCUCCUUAAUCAAGCCACUGACAUCAUCAAUCUCUGGCAACAAAGUGGCGGCAAUUUAACUUCCCAAUAAUCUCAAUUUUCUUGUUUUCUGCAAAUUCAAGAAUUCACUUUUUUUUUUCCUCCAUUGUCUAAUGAGAUUUUGCUAUUGAGAGCUUUUUUUCUUUUCUUUAAUAAUCAUAUUUAAACAAUAUUCA